AUGAUACCACUAGGUCGCUCUUUUAAACACCACUGCACCGCAUACGCUUCAUUUGCUUCGUUGAAACCAGUUCUAUUCAGAUAUUAUCUUCUCCAAUGCAGAUUUAAAUCCAAUAUUGAUCCACUUUUGAAAUCAACUGCAACCCACCCCAACACUCAAAGUCUACAGUCUCCCAAACGCGUCAAAAACCAUGAGCCAAAGACGUUACUAGAGGAAAUGAAAUUGGCAGAUCAGUCAAGACAAGUCGAUCCCCCACCAAGGCGUACGAUUCCACCAUGGGUUAAACGAGAACUAACGCAAAAGUCCAAGUACGACCGAUGGAAUCCUAAACGGAGACUAAGCAGGCAAGAGAUGAUAAAAGUCAAAGAGCUCAAGGAAACUUUCCCUCAGUAUAGAACAGUAGACUUGGCCCAGUUUUUCCAUAUAUCCCCAGAAGCUGUGCGGCGUAUAUUGAGGAGCAAAUGGGUUCCGAAUGACAUUGACGAGGAGAGGAUAACUCAAAGGAAGGAAAGAAAGCUUUUACAGAAACUAGAGAACAAACAGAUGUUAAAAAGAGAGGAUGGAGGCAGUGAUUCGCAUAAACGGGGGAAGAGAUUCCAAAGAAAGAACAAGUUUGAAAACGAUAGCAAUGCGAAUGGAGAUGAGGACUUGAACAAACAUUAUAAUAGAAUCCAAAGCCAGUUUUAG